ACACACUUUUCAAACGACUAAUGUCAUCGCAAAAUCCUGUGUACUCUCCUCUGUCGCUAGGAGAAACAAACAUAUCGCAACAAAAGCAUCCUUCUAAAAAGAGCACAGCUUUGGCUCUCGUUGGAACUCUAGUCAUUUUUUCAACAGUCUCUUUAGCCAUAUUUGGGGGUUUUUCAAACGACGACUCUGAUGACAAUUUUGGAAUAGCUCACGUGCCAUACCAUAAGACAUUAACAACACAGAAUGAGUCUAUCCAAUUGGGAAACCGUUUCAAAAACAGAUACUUUGAGUUCAAGUACGAAAUUGUACGAGGAAACUAUUCACACACUAACGAAGAUGAAUUAGCGGUUAAACCAUUUAUCGUGAGGAAUAUUGAAAGACAUUCUGAUGGAGAACCAUACGAUGUAUACUUACAUAAGAUAAAACCUGAUGAGGAAGGAAUGAUCUACUGGAAAUUCAACUUAAAGGCUACUGAUAAAGUAGUGAAGACGCUGGUAAUUCGAAUGAUAGGAAUCAAUCAGACACUCAACGAAGGAGGCAAAGCCGAGGCUUGUUUGGAAACUUUUGAGAACUGCUUGGAAGCUCCGGCAAACCAGGAUUUGACCAUUGAUAUGCCACGAGCUGACACUCUUUUCUUAGGAGUAAAGCUGUACAAGAAUAUAAAAGUAUUCCGAUAUGCUGAAGAGUGUAUGGGAUGUGAGGAGCUUGAGAGCGGUUUUUCGGUUAAAGCCUACUGGGUUUCAACGCAAGAUCACCUUCUCAACAUUUCCUCUACAUUCCAUGACGACAGUGGACGGGUUUUUGCACUGUCCCCAAAGACUGGAGAAAACUAUGCAAAGUUCACGUAUAACUUCCUUAAUAAUUCGUAUUCACACAACGAGCCAGAUGGGUCACCAGUCAGAUUAUUCGAUUUUAAUGGCUUGGAACGAGUAGAGGAUUAUACAGAGAAUACUGUAUUCUUACGCAGAAAAAACCCAAAGGAAAAGGGAAACAUUAAAUGGGCGCUCGAUUUGAAUAUCGAUGGACUAUCAGUGGAGACAGUUGUGAUCAAAAUCAUAGGAAUCGACGAAAUUGACAAUGGUGGAGGAACGGCCAUAGCCUGUGGACAUGAUCUUACUUCAAUAGUUAACCCGAGAUGCGGCAAUAUUCCGUUUAACGGAAAAAUCACUUUUUUUAAUAACGCUUUCCAUCGUUUAUAUUUGAAUAUAACGCUGGACGAGGAUAUUCAAAUUUUUAAGACCAAACUCGAUGACGAGGGCAGUUUGGAGAAUGUUUCUGUUGAAGUGUACUGGAGUGACUGGAGAGAUGACGUGCCAUUCCAUUGGACAUUAAAAACGCAGAAUGAGUCUAUCCAAUUGGGAAACCGUUUCAAAAACAGAUACUUUGAGUUCAAGUACGAAAUUGAACGCGGAAAAUAUUCACACACUAACGAAGAUGAAUCAGCGGUUAAACCAUUUCUUGUGAAAAAUAUCGAAAGACAUGCUGAUGACGACACAUACGAUGUAUACUUACAAAAGAUAAAACCUGAUGAGGAAGGAAUGAUCUACUGGAAAUUCGACUUAAAGGCUACUGAUAAAGUAGUGAAGACGCUGGUAAUUCGAAUGAUAGGAAUCAAUCAGACACUCAACGGAGGAGGCAAAGCCGAGGCUUGUUUGGAAACUUUUGAGAAUUGCACGGAAAUUCCGGUGGACGAGGAUUUGAUCAUUGAUAUGCCACGAGCUGACACUCUUUUCUUAGGAGUAAAGCUGUACAAGAAUAUAAAAAUAUUCCGCAAAGCUGAAAGGUGUGUGCGAUGUUCGGGGCUUUUGAGCGGUUUUUCGGUUAAAGCCUACUGGGUUUCAACGCAAGAUCACCUUCUCAACAUUUCCUCUACAUUCCAUGACGACAGUGGACGGGUUUUUGCACUGUCCCCAAAGACUGGAGAAAACUAUGCAAAGUUCACGUAUAACUUCAUCAAUAAUUUGUAUUCACACACCGAGCCAGAUGGGUCACCAGUCAGAUUAUUCGAUUUUAAUGGCUUGGAACGAGUAGAGGAUUAUACAGAGAAUACUGUAUUCUUACGCAGAAAAAACCCAAAGGAAAAGGGAAACAUUCGAUGGGCGCUCAAUUUGAGAAUCGAUGGAAAAUACGUGGAAAAAGUAGUUAUUGGAAUAAUUGGAAUUGAAGAGAUUGCCAAUCGGGGAGGAACGGCCAGAGCCUGUUGGAAUGUUUUAUACAAUUGCAUCGAUAUUCCGAUUGACGGAACUUUCACAUUGCAAAAUAAUGUUGUCGAUCUUUCUUUGGAUAUAGAGCUGGACGAGGAUAUUCAAAUUUUUAGGACCAAACUCGACGAUGAGGGCAGUUUGGAGAAUGUUUCUGUUGAAGUCUACUGGAGGGGCCAGAGAGAGAACAACUAAGAAUACUCUGCACCGCCCAUUUGGUUUCUUUUUUUUUUUGUAAAUUACAAAUAAAAAUGUGCGAUUU